AAAUUGAUUUUACUUCUAAAUAAUUUUCAAUUUAUUUGUUUUGGUUUAAUUAUUUAUUUUUUUAAUUAAAUACAAGCUAAGUACAAUGUCUCGUGUUCUAGUCGGAGUAAAAAGAGUUAUCGAUUACGCGGUCAAAAUACGAGUGAAGCCAGAUAAAUCUGGCGUGGUGACAGAUGGAGUUAAACACUCCAUGAACCCAUUUGAUGAGAUUGCUGUAGAAGAGGCAGUUAGAAUGAAAGAAAAGAAACUGGCCAGUGAAGUUAUUGCAGUUUCUUGUGGACCAGCCCAGUCACAGGAAACUUUGAGGACUGCUCUGGCAAUGGGGGCUGACCGAGCCAUCCAUGUGGAAGUGGCAGGAGCUGAAUAUGAAACCAUGCAGCCCAUACAUGUGGCUAAGAUCUUAGCUAAACUAUCAAAGGAUGAGAAAGCGGAUAUUGUGAUUGUUGGAAAACAGGCUAUUGAUGAUGACUCCAAUCAAACGGCUCAAAUGACUGCAGCUCUUUUGGACUGGCCUCAAGGAACUUUUGCCUCCAAGGUGGAAAAAACUGAUGCUGGUUUGACGGUAACUCGUGAGAUUGACGGUGGCUUGGAGACAAUCAAGACCAAAGUCCCAGUAGUGAUAAGUGCGGAUUUACGACUCAAUGAACCACGUUAUGCCACCUUACCUAAUAUUAUGAAAGCAAAAAAGAAGCCAUUGAAAAAAUUAACAGCAAAGGAUUUAGGAGUUGAUUUAGCACCUAGAAUCAAAGUGAUCAGUGUAGAAGAUCCUCCGGUGAGGCAAGCUGGUUCUAUAGUACCCGACGUUGACACUCUCGUAGCUAAACUGAAGGAGGGAGGACAUGUGUAAAAAAAUUAUCAAACAAAAACAUUACCUUUAUUGUGGUUUUUUAAAUUUUUACUCUGU